GGUGAGUAUAAAUGGAGGUACUGAGGCUGUGAGUCGAUUGUCACAGCUCUCAUUCUCACCUUCGUAGCUUCCACACCCAGCUCAACUCUCAGCAGAUAUGGAUCUCUUCAAGGCUGCCAAGUCUCUUCCCAUACCCGUGGAUCAACUCACCUCGCUCUUCAAGUCCAAGGACAAGGACGGCUCUGGUUUCCUCAGCGUGGAGACCAUCAAGGGCAUCCUCGCCUCCCUCAACAUCGACAGCAGCCUCCUGCAGAAGUUCAUUUCCUCGCCAGGGAAAGUGAACGAUGGAAACGUCAACUACGGAGAAUUCCUGAACUUUCUGAAGAAGUAAAGAACUUCCUCACCCACCCACGCACUCACUCACUCACCAACCCACCCACCCAUCCACUCACCCACUCAUUCACUCACCCACUCACCCACCCACUCACCAACCCACUCACCCACCCACCCACCCACUCA